AUGAAAGUCACAAUCAGAUUAUCCACCGAAUCUUCUUUUCAAGUUACUAUUCCCGACAACUCCACUGUCGAGGAUUUGAGAAAUAGCGUUAAGGUAGCAUCACCUUCACCACUCCCCAAAGAGUUCAAAUUGAUUUAUAAUGGGCAGAAACUACAACCUCACAACGAGUCAUUAUCUUCAUUGAAUAUGAAACCAGAGAAUGAAUCUAUACAAGUCAUAUUGAUGGCACAAAGUACCGACACUCCACCAAUAUCACCGCAAGUUUCAUCUGAUAAUCUUGCUUUGUCCAAUGCAACUCCCGGCGGCAGCAGCAGUAACAGUGCAGCCGCUUCGACUACUAUCAAGAAGACAAAGAAAAAGAACAAGUGUUCUUUUAAGUCUUGUAAUUCCACACCUUUGAGAAUGGUUGGUACUUGCUCACACUGUCAAGGUAAAUUCUGUGCCAAGCAUAGAUUAUUGGAGGACCAUAUGUGUAUCGGUUUACAAUAUUGCAAGGAUGACGCUCACGAGUCAAAUGCUAUGAAGUUGCAAAACGAGAGUACCAUUGCUAGUAGGGUUUGA